CAUCUGUCCACAGCUAAAGCCAUGUUCUCGCUAAUCGCUGCAGCCUGCCUCCUAGCCGCCGCACAAGGCAAUAGCCUAUCGCGGAUAAUCAACGGUCAGGACACGACGACGGCAAAGCAUCCUCACCAGAUCUCACUGCAACGCUGGUCGGCAUCGUAUAGCGUCUGGUAUCACACGUGCGGCGGGUCUAUCAUCGACAACACCUGGAUUGUCACUGCCGCUCACUGUGUUGACACUGCAAUAGCAAAUGACCUGCAGGUUGUUCUCAAUGACGGACGUAUGAAUGAUCCCAAUGCAAAGGCCUAUGCAGUCGCCAAAAUUGUCUUGCACCCCAGCUACAACAAAGGUUCCUCUGCCUACCCUAACGACAUCGCCUUGCUCAAGCUAAGCUCUUCAGCUGACCUUUCCGGGGUCAACAAGAUCAUCGCUCUUGCCGACAAGGGGGAAAACUUUGACGGACAGACUUGUCAACUCAGCGGAUGGGGACAUACCGUGACAGGCACGAGCCCAAACAAGGAGAUCCCAAACCAGCUGCAGGAGACGGACGGUGUGAUCUACACGAGCAGUCAAUGUUCAAGCGUGUGGGGCCGUAACUAUGAUCACGCCGUCCAUAUCUGUAUCCAAAACCCCUCAACCGGAACUUGUCAGGGUGACAGUGGUGGCCCCAUGGUAUGUUACCGAGGUUCCACACCCGUUCUUGCUGGGGUGACCUCCUGGGGAGCGUCAGGAUGCGGUACCAACUAUCCCAGCGUGUACGCCCGCGUGUCCAACUACAAAGAAUGGCUGGACCAGGAGAUGACCGCGCUGUAAACGAUCGUGUUAUAACGGACCUCGUUGUACAUGAUAAUGGCUUAAUGUGAUUUGGAUUGAAGACAAAAUGCAUUUUUGAAAAAUACAAAAUAAAUAUUCAGCAUUUAAA